AGCCUCUCUCGAAUAUGCCCAUUUUUAAGGUCGCGUGUGAUUUUUGUCGUUUCCCCAUCUUCUUCCUGCCGAGUCUUAAGUAGACGAGAAGGUCAAAGUUCAGUAAAUAUUGAUGAUGUCAUGCUGUAAAGAUGGCUGAAGGGGAAGGAGAUUGGUGGGGAGGUUGGUUCCAACAGAGUUUUCAAAGUGUGAAAGAAAAAUCAGUUGAAGCCUUUGAAUUUAUGAAAAGAGAUCUGACCGAGUUUACUCAUGUAGUUCAGCAUGACACAGCAUGCACCAUUGCAGCAACAGCUAGUGCUGUCAAAGAGAAGCUGGCAGCUGAGGGAUCUUCUCAAACAACUGAAAAAGUUAAAAAGGGCUUGUCUACUAUCUUGGGAGUCAUAACAGAUACACUGGCUCCACCUCCUGAUAAAACCAUCGACUGUGAUGUAAUCACUCUGAUUGCAACUCCUACAGGCACAACUGAGGUGUAUGACAGUGCUAAGGCACGUUUGUACAGUUUACAAGCUGACCCAGCUACUUACUGCAAUGAACCAGAUGGUCCAGCAGAGGUGUUUGAUGCCUGGCUGCAAGAAUUUAACUUGGAACAAAAGAAAGGAGAAAUUUCUGAUCUCCUAGUUAACAGUUCCUCCAUCAGAGCACUAUACACGAAAAUGGUUCCAGCUGCAGUUUCCCAUGUAGAGUUUUGGCAGCGUUACUUCUUCAAAGUAUAUCAGUUAUUCCAGGAAGAAGUCAGGAGAAAAGCCUUAAAACAGAGAGCUGAAAACACUUCACAUUCAGAGGAACUUGGGUGGGAAGAAGAAGAAGAUGAGUAUGGAAACACUUCAUCUCAGCUUCAUUUUAAACCAUCAGAUGAAUCAUUAACUUCAUCCGAAAAAAGAUCUACCCCAGAAGAAUUGGCUUUGUUUAGUUCUGUUACAGCAAAAACACCCACAAGUGACAACACGGAUUUCAGCAAUAUUACAGGGGAGAAUGAAAUGACGCCCUCUGUCAGCAGUGAAAGUGUUACCCUAAGAACACAAAUUGACAUCCUAGGUAUAGUCCCUGAUAACACAACAGAGGAUAUUACCAAAAAAUUAAGAGAAGCCACCCUAGAGGAUGCUGAUUAUUCUCAUAGUACACAGGCUCCUGUAGAAAGGCUGUCUGGAGAAUCUUAUAAGUCUGAUUUGAUUGGACAGUCUAGUCUGCAAGGAGGUGAAAAGUUAGACACUGCAGUGGAGAAGUUGAGCAUAAAAAACGAGACUCUUAAAGAAGAAGGACCAACAGACUUGAGAGUGUUUGAACUAAAUUCAGAUAGCGGAAAAUCAACCCCAUCUAACAAUGGCAAAAAAGGCUCAAGUACAGAUAUUAGUGAGGACUGGGAAAAGGACAUUGAUUUAGAUAUGACAGAGGAAGAAGUUCAGCUAGCGCUGUCAAAUAUGGAAGCAUUUGGAGAACUGGAUGAAGAGGAUUGGAAGGAUUGGGAAUAAAGAUUACUAAAUGUUGUUAACACAAAACAUGACAAGGAAAGCACCUUUGCUUGCUAAUUAUUAGCGAUUACUAUUUACCUGUUAGCUGCUGUUUCUUCCCCAACAGUUUGAAGAAGUCCUUAAACAUCUAGCCAAUUUUUAUAAUAUCCUUAUAAAAAUAUUUAUUGUAAUAUAAAAUUUUCCCAGAUUUUACACACCUUAUUUUAAAGGGUCAUUUUCAAUUAAUCUGAUUUGGAUGCUGACCAUUGAUAUGAUUUCAUAAGUCUAGUGUAUUAUAAUGGACUCUUUAAAAUGCUGCCAUCUUUAAAAGCAGGUCUGAUGUGGAGAAAUAAUUUGAGUUAAAGGAAAUGCUUAGUAAUGAAAAGACAUGAUGAUAAUAUGCUGGGUUUUUUUUAAUUAUAUGGCCUGACCCUGUAUUGUAAAAUAUAUAAAUAUUUAAAACUCUCCUUCACAUGUUAAGUGGGUAUUAUACCUGCAGCUAAGUAUAAAAAGCAAAAUUUGCUAAUUGCUGUAUAGUAUACAUUGUUGAGAAUAUAUAAUAUAAGGAGUUAUCAUUUUUUGUUUGUUUUUCAUACCUAUUAUUAAAAGUGAAAUCCUUGUAAAUCAUCUUUGUACUCGAUUCUACAUUUGGGAUUCAAAGAAUAUACUUUAAUGCAAAAAAUGUACAUUUCUUUUCUGUGUGUGCUUGAGUAUUCUUUUAUAUUGCUAUUUUUAUUCACAGAUUCAUUCUGUGAUGUAUAAAGUAACAAUUGUUAUGAUUCUAUAAGCUUUCUGUUUAGGGCAUCACUGUGCCAUUUUGUUCUCAAAUGUGAUCAUUCAAUACGGAACAGAGCAUGCCAGACUCUGUAGAUACUGUGGUAAGCUCAUUUUCCAAAGAACAAUUUUUAAAAAUUGUUACAUCUUCUAAGUGCUGCUUCUUAACAAAUUUCCUGUCUGUUAUGCAUGCUGGUCCAAUUGAAUAAGCAACAUGGUUGGUUAAUACAUUCUACUUUUAGUUAAAUGUCUUUGUUAAAUGUUAUCUCAAUGAUAAUUUUGCGUAAUUGUCUUAUUCAUGUUUGUGUAUUUAUAUUUGAAAUUGAAAUCAUUAUUAUUUUAGCAUUGGAUAGCUGACGACCAGUCAUUUUACUCUUUAGACAUGAUAAAAAUGCAACUGAGCUAGAAUCAAUCUUCAUGUAAGAUCUUACUGAUCUCUACUGACAUUAUUGUGUGAUGUUUUGUUU